AUGGCAGGGAGCGGCGCACAGAGGCGGCGGUCCGGCCAGGUACUGUUUCUCUUCGUGCUGCCUUUGUUCCACCCCGCGCUGUGCGAGCCGAUCCGCUACUCGAUUCCCGAGGAGCUGGCCAAAGGCUCGGUGGUAGGGAACCUCGCCAAGGAUCUCGGGCUCAGUGUCCUGGAUGUGUCGGCUCGGAAGCUGCGAGUCAGCGCCGAGAAGCUGCACUUCAGCGUGGACGCGGAGAGCGGGGACUUACUUGUGAAAGACCGAAUAGACCGUGAGCAGAUAUGCAAAGAGAAAAGAAGCUGUGAGCUGCAGUUAGAAGCGGUGGUGGAAAAUCCUUUAAAUAUUUUUCAUAUCAUUGUGACAAUUGAGGAUAUCAAUGACCACGCCCCUCAUUUCCCUAAAGAUGAAAUAAACUUAGAAAUUAGUGAAUCCGUCAGCCCGGGGAUGGGAACUAUUCUUGAGUGCGCAGAAGAUCCCGAUAUCAGUAUGAAUUCACUGAGCAAAUACCAACUAAUUCCUAACGAGUAUUUUUCAUUGGUAGUGAAAGACAAUCCCGAUGGUGGCAAAUAUCCAGAAUUAGUAUUGCAGAAGACCCUGGACCGAGAAACGCAGAGCGCUCACCACUUGGUGCUGACAGCUUUAGAUGGUGGGGACCCGCCCCGAAGCGGUACUGCUCAGAUCAGAAUCGUGGUGGUCGAUGCCAACGACAACCCCCCAGUAUUCAGCCAGGACGUGUACAGGGUCAGCGUUCGGGAAGGUGUGCCUCCCGGCACCUCGGUCCUGAGGGUGAGGGCCACUGACCAGGACGAGGGCAUCAACGCAGAGAUCAUCUACUCCUUCCUUGGUGUGGCUGACAAAGCUCAGCAUGUGUUCUCUCUGGAUUCCACUACAGGAAACAUUAAAACUCAUCGGUCCUUGGACUUUGAAGAAGUGGAAAGAUUUACAAUGAAUGUAGAAGCAAAGGACAGAGGAUCUCUCUCCACACGGUGUAAAGUAAUUAUAGAAGUUCUAGAUGAAAAUGACAACAGCCCAGAAAUAAUCAUCACUUCUCUCUCUGAUCAGAUUUUGGAGGACUCCCCUCUAGGAAUGGUUGUGGCCCUCUUCAAAACACGAGACCAAGAUUCUGGGGAAAAUGGUGAAGUCAGGUGUAGUUUAAGUAGAGAUGCUCCAUUUAAGAUUCAUUCUUCUUCUAAUAAUUACUACAAGUUAGUAACAGAUGGAGACCUGGACCGGGAGCAGACCCCGGAGUACAAUAUCACCAUCACAGCCAGCGACAGGGGCAAGCCACCCCUCUCCUCCAGCACAACCAUCACCCUGCACAUUACCGACAUCAACGACAACGCGCCAGUUUUCCGACAGUCCGCCUACCUGGUCCAUGUGCCAGAAAACAACCAGCCUGGUACCUCCAUAGCGCAGGUCUGUGCCUCUGACCCCGACUUGGGGUCUAACGGCAGCGUCUCCUACGCAAUCGUGGCCAGUGACCUGGAGCCGCGGGUGCUGUCGUCCUACGUGUCCGUGAGCGCACAGAGCGGGGUGGUGUUCGCGCAGCGCGCCUUCGACCACGAGCAGCUGCGCGCCUUCGAGCUGACGCUGCAGGCCCGCGACCAGGGCUCGCCCGCGCUCAGCGCCAACGUGAGCCUGCGCGUGUUGGUGGGCGACCGCAACGACAACGCGCCGCGGGUGCUGUACCCGGCGCUGGGGCCCGACGGCUCGGCGCUCUUCGACACGGUGCCGCGCGCGGCGGAGCCCGGCUACCUGGUCACCAAGGUGGUGGCAGUGGACGCAGACUCGGGACACAACGCCUGGCUGUCCUACCACGUGCUGCAGGCCAGCGAGCCCGGGCUCUUCAGCCUGGGACUGCGCACUGGCGAGGUGCGUACGGUGCGUGCCUUGGGGGACAGGGACGCAGCCCGACAGCGCCUAUUGGUAACUGUGCGCGACGGUGGACAGCCACCUCUCUCAGCCACCGCAACACUGCUCCUGGUCUUCGCAGACAGCCUACAAGAGGCGCUGCCGGAUCUCACCCAUGGUCCUACACCCUCUGACCCCCAAGCGGAGCUGCAAUUUUACCUGGUGGUGGCCUUGGCCUUGAUCUCCGUGCUCUUUCUCCUCGCGGUGAUUCUGGCCAUCGCCCUGCGCCUGCAACACUCCUCCAGUCCUACUGCCUGGGGCUGCUUUCAGCCUGGUCUCUGUUCCAAGUCUGGACCCAAGGUACCUCCCAACUACAGUGAGGGAACGUUGCCCUAUUCCUACAAUUUGUGUGUGCCUGGGGAUCAAACUAAUCCGGAAUUUAAUUUUCUCACAUCUGUUGAUCAUUGUUCUGCCAUGCAAGAUAUUCUCAACAAUGACACCUCUUCUGUGCUAUUGGCUAGUAUUUUAACUUCUAGUGUUGAAGGAGAUAAGACUUCUAAACUGGUAAGUACUUAA